AUGACAGCAAUACCUCGCCAAAGAAAUUUUCGUGAUGAUAAUUUACGUUUAGAGGCACUUACUCACAAAUCUUUUCAUUAUGAAAAUCCUUCGACCGGUCCUCAUAAUGAACGGUUGGAGUUCUUGGGUGAUUCUAUCGUCUCAUUUGUUGUAGCUAACUACUUGUUUGGUCGUUUCCCUCAUUUUAAGGAGGGACAGCUUACUUUACUACGAUCAAAUCUAGUAUGUAAGAAAAAGUUGGCACAUUUUGCUCUUCAACUCGGCCUGGACACAGACAUCCGUCUAGGUGUUGGAGCUUUGAGAAAUGGUGGAAGAACUAGUGAAAAGGUUUUAGAGGAUGCAUUCGAGGCAUAUAUUGGCGCCGUAUUUCUUGAUUCCGGUUCAAGCAUGUUUGCUGUUCAGGAGUUCAUGGAACCUUUGCUAUCCCCGGCGGUUAACGAGUUGACUCGCUCCCUGCAGACAACAGCACUAACAUGUCAACAAGAGGUGUCCAAAACCGACUCUUCGUCAACAUCAACUGGAACAAUAGAGUCCCCUGAUAUGAUUCUACACUCUGAUCUUCAGGAUCCAAUCAAUAAACUACAAACUUGGUCUCAGCGUAGAGGAUUGGGCAUUCCAGUCUACAAACCUCUUAGUGAAGUUGUAAAUGAACACAAUGGAACUUUUACUGUUGGG